AUGAUGAAUCCGACAGCGAGUAGUAUGGCGCGGGCAACCGCAGCGGAAGCCCGCAAGACUUUGUUGAAGAGUGCUGCGGCGAAAAAGACCCCGGCGCGCAAGCCGAUGAGGACCAAGGUUGGAGUAAAGUCGGCAGCUCAUGUGUCUACUGCCCCACCAGCUCCGAUCAAGACUGUCGUUGCUCCUCCAGCUCCAGUUACGAUUGAUGACUCUGAUGACAGCGCUCGCAACGUGAAGCGCCGACUUAACGCCAUGGACGCUGAAGCUGCGAGCAAUCGCUUGUAUGAUAAUGCCAAGGAGGCCAAGGCUCGGAAAGAAGCUCGACGUGCUGAGUUGCAGGAGAACUACUCGUUUGCCCCUCAAGUCAAUACCAUCAAGCGACGCGCAAAUCCUGGGGAAGCCGAGGAGCCGAGCCAAGAUCGUUUUAGUAGGUUGCAUGCCCAAGCCAAGGAGCUGCUUGAGAGAAAACGCGAGCUUCAGCAGCAACAUGAACGGGACGGGUGCACUUUUGCUCCUUCAAUCUCGGCACGAGCCAAACGUUUGGCUCAGCCCAGCUCGGGUCCGCGGUACGAGAAUCUUUAUAAGCACGCCCAAGAGAUGAAACAGAAACGCGAAGAUAAGAUCUUAGAAAGGGUCAAAACCACCGAGGAGCAAUGUCCAUUCAAGCCCAAGAUGAUCGCUGCCAGGUCGCUGAAGGCGCCUCCGAAGAACAAGCCUCUCUACGACUCGGAACGCGAAAAGCAAAAGCGACUAGCACUUGAUCAGAAGAAGAUUGACGCUGAGAUGAGCCAGUGCACAUUCAAGCCAAAGGUGUCUGCAAAGCGCUUGAAGUCGAAGGCUGAGACCCCCACGGAUGCUACCACCGAUGCAGCAGUGGAUGCUAACCCCUACAAUCGUCUCUAUCAAGGAAGCAUUAACCGGACGGAGCGAUUGCAAAAACUUCGUCAGGAGCGCGACGAAGAAGAAAAGACACACACACCGUUCCAGCCCAAAAUCACCGCGAGAUCGCGAACUCUCAAGGAUAAAGCGAAGACAAAAGAGCCUUUUCACAAGCGGCUUUACAAUAAGGACUACCUGAAGAAGCUGGAUGCUGAACGGGAGCAACGCCGUCUUGAAGAGGAACAGCAGUUCUCGUUUAAGGUAAGACGGCUGGUCUGA